AGGGUCAGAGCGGAUGUCCAGGUGAACCGGAGCUGUGGUAGCUGGUCCUGAGGUCCGGGUUGGUUAGCGGUCCAGCGUCUCUCUGUGCACCAUGUUCAGUGCUGGUGGGAACACAAAGAAAUCAGCCAAGAGCUCCAACAUGUCUCCCCAUGGCAAGAGGUCCAGUGAACGCAAAGACAUUCGCAUUGAUGAAAUGGUCAAGAUUGCAGUGAACCUCUCUUUUGAGAGAUUUCAUUACAGUGAUGACAAAGAGAUGGAGUUUCCUUCCUCCUUCACAAACACAGAGAGGGCUUUUGUUCAUCGAAUGGCACAGUCCUUGGGUUACAUUUCUAAGAGCAAGGGAAAAGAGCCAAAUCGCUUCCUCACUAUCAGGAAGAAGGAUGUUUCAGGCAAACCUCAGUCAGUGGUCUCCCUGGCUCUGUCCCACAACUCCCUGUACUUCAUCCGCAGCCUGGUCCAGAGGUUUCCCCUCAGCAAGAAGGGCCGCUCAGACAUGCAGGCCAACAGCAAAGGUGGCACGUCUUUCUCUACGGAUGCUGGAGAUUCAGACUUCCACUGUGACAGGAGCAGGACAAGUGGACGCUUGAACAACGGCAUUCCCAUGGCCCCUAAAAAGAGGAGUCCAUCCGAGCUGGACGCUUUCCGCUGCACCUUGCCGGUGUACGAACACCAGGAGGAGAUUGUUCAGCUUAUCAGAGACAACAGCGUGAUACUGGUUAUGGGAGAGACCGGCUCUGGAAAAACUACUCAGAUCCCCCAGUUUCUGUUAGAUGACUGCAACAGGAGAGGGCAUGCCUGCAGGAUCUUCUGCACUCAGCCCAGACGCCUGGCGGCCAUCGCGGUGGCUGAGCGAGUGGCGAUGGAGAGAGGAGAGAGCGUGGGCCAGACGGUUGGUUACCACAUCAGACUGGAGAGCAGGAUCUCUCCCAAGACACUGCUGACGUUUUGUACGACCGGAGUGCUGCUCAGAACGCUGAUGGCAGGAGAUGCCAGCUUCGCAACAGUCACACAUGUCAUCGUGGAUGAAGUCCACGAGCGCGACGGUCUGACUGACUUCCUGCUCACUAAGAUGCGGGAAGUUCUUCAGAAGAUCCCCAAACUGAAGCUGAUCAUCUCCAGCGCAGCUCUGGACGUAGAUCUGUUCCGUGGGUACUUCGGUUCCUGCCCCGUCAUCCCCCUCCAAGGAAGACAGUUUGAAGUGAAGGAGUUCUUUCUGGAAGAUAUCCUGAGGCUGACAGGUUUUGACAACGACAUCGGGAAAUACAAGGAAGAGACGCGGAAAAAGGAGAGAAAGCAAAAGCGUUUGACGGAGUGGUUUGGAGCAGUGGGGUCCAGUUCUGUUGGGAACCAGAAGACUGUGUUCCCUCCAGGGUUCCUCCAUCCCACUGGUGCUGGAGAUGCCAGACCCCUCAAAAAACUGAAUAGCAGAGAGCAGCUGCAGCCGUGGCUGCUGAGGGAGAUGGACUCCUGCAUCUCCGACAUCUUUCUGCAUGAAGAUCAGGGUGCUUUCAGCCAACUCUUCAACCUCAUCCUCCAUGAAGGCGUAGAGGUGGACUUCACGCACAGUGAGACGGGGGCCACGGCCCUGAUGGUGGCGGCGGGGAGAGGAUUCCUCCCACAGAUGCAGCAGCUGCUCAGCCUGGGCGCCGACAUCAACUUGAGGGCAUCCAACGGAUGGACGUCCUUAGACUUUGCCGAACACUUCCAACAAACGGAUGCCAUGGAUCUACUCAAAUCUUCCAUGCCGUUGGUGGAAACGAGAGGUCUGGAGGAGUUAACUCUGAGUCCGUGUGACGCUGCAGAGCUGAGCACAGAAGAGCAGGAGCUGCUGAAUCUGUACCACCUUAGCUUCGAUGACGAGAGGGUGGACCUGGAUCUCAUCAUGGCUCUGCUGCACGAAAUCUGCUCCACCACCUGUGAUGGUGCUGUUCUGAUUUUUCUUCCUGGAUAUGAUGAAAUAGUAACUCUCAGGGACCGCAUCCUGUUUGACGACAAGAGGUUCUUCACACACUCAGAGAGGUAUCAGGUGUUUACGCUGCAUUCAGAGAUACAAACUCAGGAUCAGAAAAGAGUGAUGAAGACCUCUCCACCCGGUGUCAGGAAGAUAAUUCUCUCCACUAACAUUGCUGAGACGAGCAUCACCAUCGACGACGUGGUCUUCGUCAUUGAUUCAGGGAAAGUCAAAGAGAAGUCGUUUGAUGCACUGACUCAUGUGUCCAUGUUAAAGACGGUCUGGAUCUCCAAAGCCAGCGUUCUGCAGAGGAAAGGAAGAGCCGGCCGCUGCAGACCAGGGACUUGCUUCCACCUCUUCAGUAGAAACAGGUUCAAAAACAUGCUGGAGUACCAGGUCCCACAGCUGCUGCGGAUGCCGCUGCAGGAACUGUGUCUGCAGACCAAGCUGCUGGCUCCAUCCUACUGUCCAAUCGCUGAGUUCCUGUCCAAAGCCCCACAGCCGCCCCUGGGACACGCAGUCCAGAGCGCCGUCCAGCUGUUAAAGAAAAUCGGAGCUCUGGACCAGAAGGAGGAGCUGACGGACCUGGGCUACCACCUGGCCGACCUGCCCGUGGAGCCCCACCUGGGGAAGAUGGUGCUGUGUGGCGUGGUGCUCAAGUGCCUGGACCCCAUCCUCACCCUGGCCUGCACCGUGGCCUACCGAGACCCCUUCGUCCUGCCCAGCGACAGCUCUCAGAGGAGAGCCGCCCUGCACUGCCGCCAGCGCUUCACCGCCAACAGCUUCAGCGACCACAUGGCCCUGCUCCGAGCUUUCCAGGCCUGGCAGAAAGCUCGCAGCGAGGGUUGGGAGAGGUCCUUCUGCGAGAAGAACUUCCUGUCCCAGGCUACCAUGGAGAUGAUCCUCGGCAUGAGGACGCAGCUGCUCGGACAGCUCCGCGCUAUCGGUUUUGUGCGUGCUCGUGGGGGCAGCGACAUCCGUGACGUGAACCUGAACUCGGAGAACUGGGCGGUGGUGAAGGCCGCCCUGGUGGCCGGCAUGUACCCCAACCUGGUCCACAUCAACAAGGACACCUCGGCGCUGUCCAGCGCCAGAGAGAGGAAGGUUCACUUUCACCCCACGUCCAUCCUGAGCCACACCCUGUUCAGUGAGAAAAACCCAGCGGAGGCUGCUCGGUCCAUUCCCUCCACCUGGCUGAUCUACGAUGAGAUGAGCAGAGGUCACAGGAUGGCCAGCGUCCGCUGCUGCUCCCUGGUGACGCCCAUCACCGUGGCCAUCUUUGCAGGUUGUGCCAAACCAACGUGCUCCGGCCUCCAGGAACCUGCAGAGAGGAUUAAUGACAGUCUACUGGAUGACAUGAGUGACAGCGACUCAGAAGACCUUGCUGAGAUGAGGAUUGAUGACUUCCUCGUUUUCCAGGUGGAAAAAGAGAUUGCAGAACUGGUGUUUGAAAUGAGGCAGAAGUGGCAGAAUUUAUUCAUAAAGAGGAUCCGUUCUCCGUCGAAGCCGUGGACUCAGCAGGACGAGGCCGUCGUCCAGACCCUGGUGGCUGUGCUGGGCGUGGAGGAGCAGGAGGCCGGCCUGCAGCAGCCCACGGGGGUGGGCCAGCGGCCCCGGCCCAUGUCGUCAGAGGAGGGGCCACGGGCCUUCAUGAAGAACUCCAAGAAAAGCCCCCAACGCGGCGGCGGCGCCGCCAUGAACGACAAGUAAAACGUUUGGUCUCGGGGCUUUGCAUCGUGCUGUAAGAUGAACUUCUGAUCGUCUUUACCAGCUGCGGUGUGAAGAUCUCCAUCUCAGGAUGAAGUUGACCAAAUAUCAGCACUUUUUUAGCAUUAGGUUGUAGCAAUGCAGUUUUUUACACAGAUUAAUUUGCAAAUCUACUUUAUUGAUACAACAAUGUGAACGGAGAAAUGUCUUACACCAAAUUGUCCAUGAUGUAAUAUACAUAAUAUGUAUAUUAUAUAUGCAGCAUUACACUGCAAAAACUCAACAUCUUAACAAGAAUAUUUGUCUUAUUUCUAGUUAAAAUCACUCAUUUUUAGCCAGAAAAUCUCAUUACAAUUAAAACAAGACUCAUUACUGGAAAAAAACAACAAUUUUCACCUGUUUCAAGUAGAUUUUCACUUAAAAAUAAAUAAAUAAAUAAAUAAAUAAAUAAAUAAAUAAAUAAAUAAAAAAUCUGCCAGUGGAACAAGAUUUUAUUGCUUGUAAUGAGAAGAUAAAUCUUGUCCCACUGGCAGAUUUUUCUACUUAUUUCAAAUGGAAAUUUACUUGAAAAAGCUGAAAAUUGUCAAAUAAGUAAUUUUUCUGGUGAUGACUCUUGUUUUAAGUGUAAUGACAUUUUUUGACCAAAAAUGAGACAUUUUAACUAGAAAUAAGACAAAUAUUCCUGGUAAGAUUUAGAGUUUUUGCAGUGUACACGCGGGUGUCACGGCAGUGAUCACGUGCUCACUGUGCAAUGUUUACAGCAAUAUUAUCCCAAAAAUUGGAUGAAUCCAUUAAUCAAAGGCAUUGCUUAAAACAUGUUUUUUAAUUGACAGUUAAGACAGUGAUUUUCUUCUACAUGUACAGGGGACAGUUGUCACAGCUAUGAAGUUUUAAGUUGACACAUUUUCCUAAGGAAGGUACGAAAUGUAUUGAUGCUUUGUCCAAAUAUUACAGGGAACCACUACAAAAACUCCCUUACAUCCCAGAACCUCACGGUACACGACCGCUGUUCAGUACGGCCCAAUCUGGGGGUGGAGUCAGCUCUGCACUGCAAAAAACUCAAAAUCUUACCAGGAAUAUUUGUCUUAUUUCUAGUUAAAAUGUCUCAUUUUUAGUCAUAAAAUCUCAUUACACUUAAAACAAGAGUCAUCACCAGAAAAAUAACUUUA